AUGAAACUGCUUGACUUGCCCCAUGAGUUGCUUCUGAGCAUAUGGGAGGCUACUGAGACAGAGUCGGACAUGUUCGCGCUAGCAAGAACAUGCCACUAUCUUUAUGAUGACCUAGGCCCCAGAUUCUAUCGUCGCCUGGUCCAUGGAUCAGAUCUGUCUCGCCGAAGAGCAGUAAAUUGGGCUGCACAGCAAUCAUCACCGAUCCCAAUGCAAAAGCUUCUUGACGCAGGCGUGAAUAGCUCCCACCAGAACGAAGUUUAUCCGGUGUGCACUGCAACCAGACAUACUCAGCUAGAAGUGAUCAAACUUCUCCUCCAGCAUGGCUUUAAUGUGAAUGAAAUCGAGCCAGAGGGAUCUGAGAUGGUGCAAAAUGUUUGCCCUUUGUGGCUUGCUGCAUUUCAUGAUCAACCAGAACUCACCAAAGUACUGCUUGAAGCUGGCGCAAAUGUAGAGGGUGCCGCUCAUGGUGCCGCUCACGGUAUCCCUGGUGGUACCCCUCGAGCGAAGACAGCUUUAUCGGUGGCAAUAUCCCAUGGAAAUGCCCAGGUCGCGGGCCUUUUACUCGAAUGGGGCGCUUCUACCGACAUCAUAAUGGAUGAAGGGUGGACACCUAUGCAGUGGUCAGCGAGAUAUGGAGAGAGUGAGAUGAUCAAACAUCUUAUCAAGAGAAAUGUUUCGCUCGACCAUGGGUCAAUCAUUGUUCCUCUGGCAUUGGCAGCACGUAGAUGUCAAGAAGAGAUAGUCGCACAGCUAAUUGAGGCCGGUGCUGAUAUCGAAGCUGUGAACAAUCGUGGUGAAAAUGCUCUCCAUGAGGCCGCGGCGUAUGGACAUGAAUCUCUCACAGCCUUUCUAUUGUCGAAGGGGGCCAGAGUUGACGUCCAAGACUCGAACCAUUUGACCGCGCUAUCGCGAUCUGUCGGGAACAAAUACCCCAACCCUAGAGUGAUCCAAAUACUCAUUGACGCUGGCUCGAAUAUCGAGCAAAGAGAUGCUCGUGGAAGAACACAGCUUGCGCUUGCUGCCACGCGUGGAACCCAUGUUGGCAUCAGGAUUUUGCUGGAGAAUGGCGCAGAUCCGACCUCAGUGGAUCUCGAUGGAUACACUGCUCUUGCACACGCUGCUCAGCAUGGACACUCACUCAAUGUUCUUGAAUUCUUCACUUGGAAUGAAUCGGCCAAGGGGACCAACCAAGAUUCUCUUGCGUCUUCGGGCAAAGGCUGGACAUCCGCGAGCUUCAUUGAUAUCCCCGACAAUCGGAUUCGCACGCCGCUCUUUCUUGCGACUCUUUACGGACAAGAGGAAUCUGUUCGCAUACUUGUUAGCAGAGGCGCUUCCCUGGACAUUGCAACUUGCGCCGGUCGAACCCCCUUGUCUUUUGCCAAUGAUACCAAGGAUCAAGUUUCCGAGAUCGAAAAUGACAUUAUGCGGCGUAUUUGGAUAUGGCUAUCUCGGCCCUCGGAGAUCACACUUGACAUGGAACGCAUCAAAAACUCUUCUAAAAAGACCUGGAGAGACGAGGUUACGAGGAUGGAAUGCGACUGGUGUUUGAAGCCCGCUAGCGAGUACGACACAGUCCUGCAUUGUGAAAUUUGCAAUGACGGAGACUUUGACAUAGAUCUGGAAUGCUUUUACGCUGGUGGGGGUUGUCAUGACAGGAGUCAUACUUUUGAAAAAAUCCGCCAGGUGAAUGAAGAGUAUGUUUCUACAUCUGAUGAAAUGAUCGAGCAGCCCCUUGUCGGUCUUCCUAUCCGAGAACAUAUUCUUAACCCCAGGGGUGGGUUAGCUGCUUAG